AUGAGGUUUCUCCAGCUGUUGUCGGCAGCGGGGCUCGCAGCCUAUGCGCAGGCUUGGGGGACCGGUAUCAGCACCGCUUAUACGACAGUUGUGACAACGGCGUACGAGACGUACUGUCCAUCGCCCACUACCUUUGUCCACCAUAACGUGACUUACACGGCGACCACGGCAACGACACUCACCAUCACGAACUGUCCUUGCACCAUCACCACCAGGCAGCCUCCACCGUACACCACAACCAAGACGAUCUACCCGCCGCCCGUCAACACCACCUCUUUCCCACCAGAGGCCAGCACGAGUAUCAAGACGAUCAAGACGAACAAGCACACCCCGCCUCCCAAGCCAACCUACCACAACACCACCGUGGUCGAGCACACUCCCAAACCUCCCAAGCCUACGGAACACCCAUCUCAUUCGGAGGAGACCCCCCAGCCUUCCAAACCUACCGGGCACUACCACCCCAACAGCACCUCGAUCGUCGUCGUCGUGAUCACGCCGUCCGCCGAGACGAUAAUCGCCAGUAUCACCCACGUCACCCCCGUCACUAACCUACCCACCAAGACGCCCGUCGGGCCGACGACCACCAGACCCGUCACAGUUCCCGCGAACGCGGCUGGCACGGUCGGUGCCAGUGCCGGCGCGGCUUUGGUUGCUGUACUAUUUUCUUUACUGAUUUGA